AUGCCUGACGCUGCCAACAUGCCCGUUCUAGGUCUUUCAAACAAGGCCGUUGACGCCGUCGACGAUGACCAAGACAUGGCACCCGUGAACCCUGAGAAGGACCACAAUGCAGUUGACCCGGCCACGGUUGUCCGCAAGUCAGCCCUUGAUAUGGAUCACCCUCCCUUCGAGGACAGCCUUUCACGAGACACGCUAUGGCCUGAAAUUGAGAAGUUAUACGGCCAUGGCUACGAGAUAUCGUGUCUAGCAGUCAGCCAUGAUGGUAAGUUGAUUGCUAGUGCAUGCAAAGCCAGCUCAAUCAAUCACGCCGUUAUCCGACUCUUCGAAACCGAGCGAUGGACGGAGAUCAGACCACCCCUGACGGCCCAUUCCCUAACCACCACACGGCUUCGCUUCUCUUCUGACGACCAGUACUUGCUUAGUGUUGGCCGAGAUCGACAGUGGGUUGUAUUCGAGAGAGAUGCCGGAGAUGCGAAAAAGUACGACUUAGCACAGGCGGAUCCCAAGGGCCACUCGAGAAUGAUUCUCGAUGCUGCCUGGGCUCCAGGCGAAGAACAGAGGGCGUUUGCAACUGCCGGUCGAGACAAGCAGGUGAAGAUAUGGGCGAGAAAAGACGGCCAAGAGGGAUCGAAGUUUUCUCUGGCAACCACAAUCAAAGAGCAACACCCAGUUACGGCAGUAGACUUCCUACAACAGAGUACCAAGACAGACAAGUUGGUACUUGCUCUAGGAACCGAAGCCGGAAAGAUCUCAAUCUGCAUACUGAAGCAGACUGAUUUGUCCCUAGAAGCAACAGUCUCCAUCAAAACCGAACUCGCCCUCCCGAAAGCCGUUUUGCAACUGGCCUGGAGGCCAGUAACCACCGAUGGCGAUUACGGAGAGAGCGCCUUAGCUAUAGCUGGAGAAGAUGGCUCGCUCAGGAUAUACCAGAUCAAGGGGCUAUAG